AUGUCAAGUGCGCUCACUCCAGCAGAGGUCAAAGAUAUACUCAAACAGUACAAUCAACUUCAAAUCGUUGGUCUCAGUCAAAAGUCCCAGAGGAGCACAAUCAGCCAUGAUGGAAUCUACAACCUCGUCAACGGGGACUUGGUAUGGGCGUCCAAGUAUGAGGAGGAUGUCGUGAACAAAUCCUUAGAUUCCUCCAGCAUUUCCACUGCUUUCGGCCACUUGAAUGUAGCAGAAUCAGACGAUAACAGCUCUCCUCCCAAUCCUUCAAAAGUCCGAAUUCCUACCAUCUUUGGGAAACACUUGGACACAGAAUUGAUCGCCUUUGGUCAUUUGUGGACUGAAGUUUACCUUUGCAACUUAUGCAUUCCGAAGCAGAGGUCUACAUUCCCUCUCAUACUCAAGAUUAUAUCGCUCCGAAACUAUCCCAAUUUCUGGCAAGUUGACUGGACCGACGAGGACCUUGAAGAAGGCAAGAAAACUCAACAGAUGAUAUCCGCUAAUGUGGCCAAUGAACACCAUGCCUACGUCAAUUACCUCGCCUCUCUUCAAGGAACAGUUGUUCCCUUCCAUUACGGUACUUUUCUGCUGACUCCCGAUGCCAAUCAACAGAAAAGACCGUACUACGAUCAAGAAGGUGCGUUGUUCUAUUCCGCUUGGAAUAGUAUAGCAAUGUUGUUGGAAGAUGUUGGUGAAUGUGUGGGACUUCAAGAAGGAUGGCCCGAUGAACACGAUGCCAUCUUCGGAUUUCUACCGACGGACGAGAGGCAAGUAGACCGAAUCUCCUUCUACCUCCCUUGGGACGCUAUGCAGACCUCUACAGCGAAUUCAACAGGAGAGGGAUCAGGCAUGGUCAAAUCGAGGCUCAUCACGUCAGAGUUCGAUACGUCGAUAACGGGAACAUUGUCCAUUUCCCCUUCGGUAAACCCCAAUUCAGGUUCAUCGACUUUUCUCGGUCAGAGCUGGCAUCCAAGGAUGAGCUAG